AUGGCGGCUCCUACACAGCUUGCUUACCGAACUCUCAAAGGGAUCGGCAUCAUGGAUGCUGCCCCUGUCUAUGAGCCUUUGUCGGGGUUUGCGAGACCCGAGGGAAAUCUCCGCUGCAGCGCAUACUCACCAUGUGGUCGUUAUUUUGCAUGGGCGUCGCCUGAAAAUGUCACCAUCAUCGACCCUUCCACUGGUAACAUCGUCUCGACAAUCGCUGCGGAUAAUGUUUUCGAGUUGGGCUUUUCGCCGCUCGGCACCUACCUGAUCACCUGGCAGCGACCCAGCAAGGAUGCCAACGGAGACGCCACCAAGAACCUCAAGGUGUGGCGUGCGGUUGAGAGCGGAGAUCAACCAUCGAUUGUGGGGAGCUACGUCCAGAAAUCACAGACUGGCUGGAACUUGCAAUAUACGCCGGAUGAGAAGCUGUGCGCUCGCGUCGUGACCAACGAGGUCCAGUUCUACCAGAGUGACAACCUGUCGACCGUGUGGAACAAGCUGCGUGUGGAGGGUGUUUCGGAUUUUGCGCUCUCGCCAGGACAGACCCAUUCAAUUGCGGUGUUUAUCCCAGAGCGCAAGGGCCAGCCCGCUUCCGUAAAGGUUUUUAUUGUGCCACAGUUCGGUGCCCCAGUCUCGCAGAAAAGCUUCUUCAAGGGUGACAAGGUCCAGUUGAAGUGGAACUCAUCUGGGACCACCCUGAUUGUGCUUGCGCAGACCGAGGUCGACCGUACUGGUAAGAGUUACUACGGCGAGACCACGCUGUAUUUGCUCAGUGCCAGCGGCGCGUUUGACUCCAGAGUUGAUUUAGAUAAGGAGGGCCCUAUCCAUGAUGUGAGUUGGAACCCCAACUCGAAAGAGUUUGGUGUUGUCUAUGGCUAUAUGCCCGCGAAGACUACUAUCUUCAACUUGCGCGGUGUCGCCAAGCACAACUUCCCUCUGAGCCCGCGCAACACCAUCCUGUUCUCGCCCCAUGGACGGUUCGUCCUGGUUGCCGGUUUCGGUAACCUGGCUGGUCAGAUGGAUAUCUAUGACAUGGACAAGAACUUCCACAAGAUUACUACGGUCGAGGCGUCCAAUGCUAGUGUGUGCGCCUGGUCGCCAGAUGGCCAAUAUAUCUUGACUGCCACCACUAGCCCCCGUUUGCGUGUUGACAAUGGCAUCCGUAUCUGGCAUGUCAGUGGUGGAUUGAUGUACAACGAGGAUAUGAACGAGCUGUACGACGUUACCUGGCGUCCACGGAGUCUGGCUCAGAACCCACUGGGUGACCCCUUCACCAAAUUGCCCGUGGCCCACCCCUCCGCCACCGAGUACUUGAGCACCCGCAAGGCUCCCGUGAAACCUGCCGGUGCCUAUCGACCCCCCGGCGCUCGUGGUCAAUUGACCCCGCUUGCCUUUAAGCGCGAAGACCAGGGUGGAGCUGCUUUCGUCCGCGAUGGCGUUCCCGGUGCCAGCAUGAACGGCUUCGGCAAGCCUCGCCACCGGACCGUCCCCGGUGCUGAACCUGCGGAGGAGUACCUGCCUCCUGGUGCGGCCCCUGGUGGCGGCGUUGCACUUCCUCCCGGCGCUGACGGGCAGGGCGAGAAGCUUUCCAAGUCAGCUGCCAAGAACAAGAAGAAGCGCGAAGCCGCUAAGAAGGCCAAGGAGGAGGAAAAUGCUCCUCCUCCUAACGCGCCCACUGGGCCCAGCCCCGAUCGCAACCGCAACCGUGGUAAGAACAAUGGUUCGCCAGUGAACGGCAACGCCGGUGCUAAGCAGGCCUCUGCUCCUGCUUCAGCUCCAGCCCCAAACCCGACGUCGGCCCCAGCCCCGCCCAUCGAUUCCUCGGCUCAGGACAAGAAGAUCCGUGGUCUCCUGAAGAAAAUCCGGGCCAUUGACGAGCUUAAGAUGCGUCUGGCUGGUGGCGAGAAGCUCGAGGAUACUCAGAUGAAGAAGAUCCAGACCGAGGACUCGGUGCGCAAGGAGCUUGAUGCCGUGGGAUACAGCGGAUAG